ACUUUUGCUUGGGUACCACACACGUGACGGAGAGCGCGCGCGACCCAAACAGGAGACUCCCGCGCGCGAUGAAUGGAGCGCGUGCGUAGGAAACUACUGCUGCUGACAGGGACCUUUCUAUUACGUGCCCCGCCGCUCCGGUGUAGGUGAGAUUUAUGUGUCACUGCUGCAGAGACGGACCUGUCCUUCUGUCGGUAACGGCAUGAACCGCUCAGUAUAUCAGUCACCGCUCAGUCCGGAAAUAAAUGGCGAGAGUGAUUGGGAGCCUGGCGGCUAUUACGGCGAAGUAGAAGAUGAAGAGGAGGAGGAGGACGGGGAGUCGGAGGAUAUAGACCGAGCUUGGAGCGGAGAGGACCAGGUUCUGCCUCGCCAUCCGCAGCAUUUGCCGCCUCGCAUUUGCCGGCACUGUAAAUCCACGUCUCCGCCAGGUAAGAAACACCUGGAACUGGAGCUGCGCCUCAAUAACUUCGCUGCAGAGUCAGGCUUGGCCGGCGGCUCCCCCUCAGAAGGCGAAGAUGUGGACUUGCCCAUUGAGUCUGUGCGGCUGCCUGAGAGGAGACGGACCAGGUCCAGCAGUUCAAGGCCCCGCGCUGAGGUGGUGACCGAGCUGAGCCCGGAGGAGGUGCGCUGGUUCUACAAGGAGGACAAGAAGACAUGGAAAGCCUUCAUUGGUUACGACUCCCUGCGCAUCGAGUUGGCCCAUCGCAAGUUAUGGGAAGACACCGGGGCCCGAGCCAAGGACCAGAGCGGAGAGGACGAGGAACUGGAUGUGGUGACAAUUGGCGACUUUGUGAAGGUCGAGCCCGUGUGUGUCAGGAGCGGCCUCUAUGAAGUGGAUGUGAAUGAGGGAGAGUGUCACCCAGUCUACUGGAACCAAACAGAUAAAAUCCCUGUGAUGCGAGGUCAGUGGUUCAUCGAUGGCACAUGGCAACCACUAGAUGAAGAAGAAAGCAAUUUGAUCGAGCAAGAUCACCUUACUUGUUUUAGGGGUCAACAGAUGCAGGAAAACUUAGAUACAGAAAUCACCAGACCUAUAGACGACAAGGAUGCUAAUCAUAGUCUAAAGUUAAGCCGUAGCCAUGUUGAUUGGCAUAGCGUGGAUGAAGUAUAUCUUUAUAGUGAUGCAACAACUUCCAAAAUAGCAAGGACUGUUACACAGAAGCUUGGGUUUUCAAAAGCUUCAAGUAGUGGGACAAGGCUUCAUAGAGGUUACGUUGAAGAAGCUAGCUAUGAAGACAAACCUGUGGAUAUUACUCAUAUUGUCUUUGUUGUCCAUGGAAUUGGACAGAAAAUGGACCAAGGGAGAAUUAUUAAAAAUACAGCUACGAUGAGAGACACUGCAAGGAGAAUUGAAGAAAAGCACUUUUCCAGCCUUGUAACAGAUCACAUAGAAUUCCUUCCUGUUGAGUGGCGGUCAAAACUUGCACUUGAUGGAGAUACUGUAGAUUCAAUUACACCAGAUAAAGUACGUGGCAUAAGGGACAUGCUGAACAGCAGUGCAAUGGAUAUAAUGUACUAUACAAGUCCUCUGUACAGAGAUGAGUUAGUGAAAGGUCUUCAGCAGGAGCUAAAUCGCCUCUACACCCUGUUUUGCUCCCGAAAUCCUGAAUUUGAAGAGAAAGGAGGAAAAGUCUCAAUUGUUUCUCAUUCUUUGGGAUGUGUUAUAACUUACGAUAUCAUGACUGGGUGGGACCCUGGACAGCUUUAUGAACAACAGGAAGAAGAUGAUGCCGAUGAUCAAGGGAUUAGUUAUGAAGAGCAACAUCUCCUUAGAGAGCUUUAUGUGACCAAACAACGUUUAAGAGAACUGGAAUUUAGAUUACAUGAAGUUCGAGCAACAUCAUUGUCUGAUGUACCUGCCUUAAAAUUUAAGGUUGAGAAUUUUUUUUGUAUGGGAUCACCGUUAGCAGUGUUUUUGGCUUUGCGUGGUAUCCGACCAGGAAAUCGUGGCACUCAAGAUCAUAUUUUGCCUAAAGCUAUUUGUAAUCGUUUGUUCAAUAUUUUCCACCCUGCAGAUCCAGUGGCCUAUAGACUUGAACCCCUAAUACUAAAGCACUACAACAAUGUUUCACCCGUUCAGAUCCACUUUUCCAACACAACAAAUCCUUUACCUUACAAGCAAAUAAAACCAUGUUUUAUAAAUCCAUCCAAGGACACUACCUCAAUGUCUGAUACUGAAAGCAUACCGAGUCCAUGUACUUCACCAGUCCUGCCUCGUCGACAUUAUGGGGAAUCCAUAACAAAUAUAGGAAAAGCAAGCAUAUUAGGAGCUGCUAGCAUUGGAAAGGGUCUAGGAGGAAUGCUGUUUUCAAGAUUUGCACGUUCUAGUGCAACUGGCACUCCAGGCUGUGAUGCUAAAGAUUCAGCAGAAGGGGAUGAGAAAAAAUCAGUUUUAAGCCAGAGUUCUAUGGGCUCCCAGGCUCUUCCUCACAGCCUGUCUGGCUUACUGGACUCCACAUCAGUGGAGUUAGAACAUCGGAUGGAUUUUGAGCUCAGAGAAGGUCUGGUAGAAAGCAGGUACUGGUCGGCCAUGACGUCCCACACUGCUUACUGGUCAUCCAUGGAUGUGGCAUUUUUCCUUCUGACAUUUUUAUACAAAGAAGGUCAAGUAAUAGAUGAAGAAACGCAAGGCGUUGAUGCACUUUACCCGUAAGAGUUUUAGCAAAUGCAGACUGUCUGACCAGUUUGUAACUGCAGGACAGCACUAAUUAUUAAAUUAACUUUUAAAUUC